GUAGAAUUGUAAGUAACAUGUCGCAUCGGUUGUCCUCUUCAAUCCAGGAAUCGGUCAUGGAAAUCCCCAGAUAGGGUCUCACCUCUCUCUAUUCCCCAAACAAACCAUAAACAAAUCUCUCAUUUUCUACGUCAAACUCUCUUUCUUUUUCUUCACCACCCAACAAAUAAAACACCCUCUUUCUCUUUCUCUUUCUCUUUCUCUUUCUCUAUAAUGCUUCUUACUUCUUUGACUACUUCUCACUCUCUUCUCCCCAAUUUUUUCUUUCCCAAACGAAUCAGGUUUGCUGCAUUGGCACCAUGUUAAAGCAAAUUCUUAGCAAAUUGCCAAAGAAGUUGCCAAAAUCUGACACAUCGGAUUCUGCCCAGAGUGAUUCUGGGAGUGCUACUACUUUUGCAAAUGUCUUUCAGUAUUCGAAUGUUGGGGUUGCCAUUUCAAGUAAAUUAAAUGCAGUGAAGCGGGUAUCAUCUGUGGUAUUUCCAGCUAGCUUGAGUGCUGGAGUGGAAGCAGUUGAUCCCCAUAUAUCUUUCAAAGAUGUUUCAAAUAUACAGAAGCAAAACCUGUUUAUCAGUAAGUUGAAUCUUUGCUGCAGUGUUUAUGAUAAGAAUUGCACAGAGCAAGAUGUUAAACAUCAAAUAUUAGUAGAGCUUGUUGAUUUUGUUUCUUCUGGAUCUGCGAAGUUCACAGAACCAUCAAUAGCUGCAAUGUGUAAAAUGUGUUCAAGUAAUUUGUUCAGGGUUUUCCCACCUAAGUUUCGUCCUAGUGCUUCUGGUGUAGAAACAGAAGAUGAAGAGCUUAUGUUUGAUCCUUCCUGGUCUCACCUGAAAAUUGUUUAUGAUCUUCUCCUUCAAUUCAUAAAUUAUAACGCGCUUGAUCUAAAGGUGGCAAAAUUGCAUAUUGAUAAUGCGUUCAUUGUUAGAUUGCUUGACCUUUUUGAUUCUGAGGACCCUAGAGAAAGAGAUUGCCUGAAAGCAAUUCUGCAUAGAAUCUAUGGGAAAUUCAUGGUACACAGGCCUUUCAUACGGAAAUGUGUCAGCAAUAUCAUCUACCGAUUUGUUUUUGAGACUGAACGUCAUAAUGGAAUUGCUGAGUUGCUGGAGAUUUUUGGGAGUGUGAUUUGUGGGUUUGCGUUGCCAUUGAAGGAGGAGCACAAAAUGUUUCUGUUUAGGGUUUUAAUGCCUUUACACAAACCUAAAUCUGUUGGUAGUUAUCAUCAGCAGUUAACAUAUUGUGUUUUACAGUUCAUUGAUAAGGAUCCAACACUGGCUAGCACGGUGAUAACGGGGCUAUUGAAGUACUGGCCUGUAACAAAUAGCCAAAAGGAGCUAAUGUUCAUAAGUGAGUUAGAAGAGGUUUUGGAUGCCACAAUCAUGACUGAAUUUCAGAAGGUUAUGGUCCCACUGUUCCGACGAAUAGCUUGCUGUCUCAACAGCUAUCAUUACCAGGUGGCUGAACGAGCUCACUUGCUAUGGAACAACGAACACAUCUUCGAUGUUGUCUCCCAAAACCGGGAGGUGAUUCUGCCUCUUGUGUUCACAGCACUUGUACAUAACACCCAAUAUCACUGGAACCGAGCAGUGCUCAACCAGACCGAGAACAUGAGGAAGAUGCUGUCUCAGAUGGACGAGGAACUGGUGCUUGCCUGCCAACUCAAGUUGAAGGAGGAAGAUUCAAGGUCAAGUGCCGCAGCUGAGCAGCGAAGAGUGACAUGGGAACGUCUUGAAGCUGCUGCCACUGCCAACAUCCAACCUAUAGCUGUAGCAGGUGAUGUUUUAGCAUCUCCUGCAUGUUCGGUGGCAUGUUAGUGUUAAUGUUCCAAAUUACUCAGCAACAUGGUUCUUGCGUUUUUCCAUGUUGUAAGAUGAAUUUGCAAUGCCAUUUAGGUUUGUAAAUCCUAGAUGUUUGUCUCCCAAAAUGUGUUGCUUGUGUUGUGGGAAUUGAAUAGGUAUUUGUUUGUGGUGUCGGUGCAGUCACGCAUGCAAUUAUUUGGUGUGUCAGCACCAUCCACUUCUCACUACCUAAUGACCUGGCUGGCCCCCACUUUAGCACUUGUAUUGGUUCAGUGGUAUUGCACUGCACUGAGGAAUCGAUGUGGUGCCAUUGCUGAUAUUCCUUCACCAUACGCUAACACUAUGUAUGUAGAUGGUAGAUGUCUAUGCAUAAUGCAGCCUUUUUCUACUGGAGAUACCAUUCUGUCGUUUUGGGAAAACUAGUAAUGGUACUGUAGGUAAUUUUAUUUUUUAUAAAUUGCUGGGGUAAUUUUCUUAAA